AUGACCCGCACGGCGAACCCUCAGCCGUUCAACGGCUCCUUCGACGCCUCUGCUCCCUCCGAUCUCUGGGCGCCCUCCAGCGUGCCCACUGCAGAGUCUACCGCCGGCGGAAAGAAGAAACACGUCUGCGGCGUUUGCUCUAAAGCGUUCACGACGAGCGGCCAUCUGUCGCGCCAUGCUCGCGUCCACACCGGCGAGCGCAACCACAAGUGCCCUUUCCCUGGCUGCGAAACGCGUUGCUCGCGCCAGGAUAACCUCCAGCAGCACUACCGCAUACAUCUGUCGCCCGGCUCGAGGCGGACGUCAAAUAACACUGCUCGCUCGCUCAAUCAGGGCGUGAUGGCCAUCAACGGCAGCAACGGUGGCGUCCGCAAGCGCUCUGCCACAGCAUCCGGCGCCGCAAAGAACGCGCCCCAGCCAGAUUCGCCGCCGUCGACGCCGCCCCCGCUCGAGCACGCUUACAUCGCCCCGCAGCUGCCCCCGCCAGAGCUUACGACCUCUCACGCAUGGCUUACGACCCAGAACUCAUCGUUCCCCUCGCUCGACGCCACCGAGCCGCAACCUAUCCCGCAAUCGAAUUAUGGCAGGCACACCCACACCUCCUCCUUUGGCGAUCUCGCUUUCCCGGGUACCUCGUCAUUGUCUAACUUUGACUUUGGACCCGGCCAGGGAACGUCUCAGAGCUUGCCUUCGCUCGCAUCACUCGGUACACUAUAUGCGGACGAUUUCUCGCAGCCGCCUCCGUUGGCCUUUGCCGUGCGGCCCAGCAUGAGCAGUCAGCAGCAGAUGCAGAUGCAGCAGAACUCCCAGACGCCGUCCCCGGUGCCAUCAACAUUGUCCGUGACAUCGUCGCACGGAUCCGGUCCAAUGCACAGUCAUCACUAUUUUGAUACACGGCAUGCCAUGCGCGCCGACACGAACAGCCUCGUCUACCCCGCGGAGCUCUCCUCAGACCGGUACAUGCCGCCUCCGACAUCGACGGUGUAUAUGUCGCUGUCUGCGCUCGAUGCUGCGCAUCAAAGCGCCGCGGCGACGUGGCAUAGUGGUGGCGGCGGGAGGAGCCUGCACGGCCCGAAUUCGCGUCUGAUGCGAGCUUGA